CAACUCCUUACUGAACCAGAUCAGGCCAACAAAUAAACAUGGACCUCAAGCUCCAAGGUGUACACGUUCUUGUCACAGGUGCAAGCGGAGGAAUCGGCCUUGAAACAGUAAAAACAUACCUCUCCCUAGGUGCCCAUGUAACCGCGCACUACAACACGAACGCGAGCACCCUCUCCGCGCUUGCAGGCCCCACGCAAUUCCAAGCCCUACAAGCCGACCUUGCCUCCGAGUCCGCGGUCCAGAGCCUCUUCGCGGCGAUGCACGCAUCGCCCUUCGGCUCACCACAGAUCAUCGUCGUCAACCACGCCGUGAGCACCAUCUCGUACAUCGCCGUCGCGGACAUGGAGCUCUCCCAAUGGGAGAGCGUCAUCAGCAAGAACCUCACCUCAAGCUUCCUCGUCUGCCGCGAGUACCUCAGGGUCCUACGGGCGCUAUCAGAGGACAAGAAGGGCAAGGCGGCAAUCGUGCUGAUCGGGAGUACAGCGGGCAAGUAUGGCGAGGCCGGGAAUGCGGAUUAUGCUGUGACGAAGAGCGGCAUGAUGUACGGCCUGACGAUGUCUCUCAAGAACGAGAUCGUCAGAAUCGCCCCACGUGGGCGUGUCAACUGCGUCGCCCCAGGCUGGGUCAAGACGCCCAUGGCGGCCGAGUCGCUCAAGGACCCAGAUGUGGUCUACGCCGCCCUCGCCACAACUCCUCUCAAGAAGGUUGCAGAGCCAGCGGACAUCACAACGCAGGUCGCGAUGCUCUCGUCGAAUGCGGUGUCGGGGCACGUCUCUGGCCAGGUCCUUAUGGUCGAAGGUGGCAUGGAAGGUCGACUGCUCAACAAGCGGGAAGAUGUUCCACUCUCAUUGUAAGAUAUGCAGCAUAUUUAAACAGGGUAUACAAGCGAAUCCAUGUAGCACUACAACUGUAUCGACCCUGAGGAACACCUCGUAGCCAUUAGCCAAACCUCAACGUCCUCACCACCUCAUCCAUACUCUCCCCGCACUUCAUCGUCUUGACAUACGUACUCGUAUGCACACUCACAUCCUCCAGCUUCUCCCACUCCGCCAUCUUAACAUCAUGCAUCCCCUGCUCGACAUUAAACCGAAAGUACACGCCCGGCGCAUCCGCAAACCGCGCAGUCAUCUCCUGCGCAACGGCUUCGCAGUCCGUCGCUAGACUCGCGAGCGCCUUGAGCGUCCCGACCGGGAUCCCAAUCCGCCCCGACUGCCCCGCAGGCGGAAUCCUAAGGACGUGCGGCGCGCCCGUGCCGAUGCUCACGACGCACGCGAUCCCCGGGAAACCCCCGCCCCCUCCCCUUCCCCCACGCCCGCUCGAGGAGGCGUCGGCGAAUAUAGAUUGCGCCUCGGUGAGCAUGACCGCGCAGGGGUUGUUGAUCCCGAAGCCGCCGUCGAUGUACGUCUGCGAGACACCCGGGCCGUCCGCGAUGCGGAUGGGCUUGAAGAAUGUCGGCGCGGCCGACGUCGCGCGUGCGGCUUCCCAGAUCGUGCAGUUGGGCGAGGCGUUGCGCGGUGCGCGAUACGUCCGGAAGAGCGCGGGCAGGUUCGCGUUGAGGUUCGAGGCCGUGCGCGCUGUCACGAACACUUUACACGCUCCCUCGCUCAUAUCCAUCAUUCGUUCGUCCGCGUGCCCCGUGCGCUUCCCGACCACAUCCUUAAUAACACUCUCCAGCGCCGACGCCUUGUACUUCCCGUCCCCGAAGCGCUUCUUGCCCUUCCCAAACACCCGCUCCGAGAGCAUACCAUAGCAGUCGAUCGCCUCCUGCACGGACAUGCGCAGGCGCCCGAGCAUGAUCGCUAUCAGCCCGCCUGUGCUCGUCCCGGCGAUCAUAUCAAAGUACUCGCAGGGGAGCGGCAUCUCCGGGAGGUUCUCGACAGCUUGGAUGCGCGCGAGGAGCUCUUUGAGGAUGACGAGCUCCGAGAGCCCGCGUAUGCCGCCUCCAUCCAGACUCAGAAGACGCAGACCGCGAGUGCCAUGGCCUUGCUGC